CUCACGCUAGAGACAAACGUCGUAGGCCACGAGAAUCUCAUACCCUUCGGUGGUGACAAAAUUACCUUUGUUACAUUUCAGUAUUAUAAAUAAAUUCGGCCCCACACAAGAAGUCUCAAGCUCGAAGAACAUAGAGAAGAGAAUAAACCAGAAGAAAUCUAACAACCGGCUCUUGAUAGUAUCGAAUUCCUGUUAGCCGGUAAAACAGCAUUAUUAAGGAUCUUAUUGUGUCUAUAGAAUAAAAUGUCAACUUAGUGACCUUGAACAUCAUCCUGCGAAACUAAAAUAAGAAGAAUCGUUUCUCUUUGCGGGAAGGAAGAGUUUGUAUCUAAGGAAGCACUGUGUCCCAGAACACUUUAUAAGAAUAUUUUCCAAUGAUGCUGCAAAUCGACGACAAGAAGACACGAGGUCAUCAACGUAUGCCUUCUGGCACUCAGGAAUUCCGGGAGAGGACCAAACGAGAUGCUCAGACGGAGAUGCUGAAGGAGUUGGAAAGACUGGAAAACACAGCCGUCGGUGCGAACAAGGAAUUGUUUCAUCGUCAAUUCGCUGGCUUCGCUGAACUCUUUCAUAGGUUUCUGCAGGAGGAAGGACCAUCAGUACUAUGGGAGCGUAUAGAAAAAUUACCAGAGAGUGCGGUACGCGAUUACAAUACUCUUGUUGAACCAUCAAAUGAGGAAGUUAAAGCUAUGCUGGAUAAAUUAAUAGUCGUGAAAUUAAAUGGUGGUCUUGGUACAAGUAUGGGGUGUCAUGGACCAAAAUCUAUCAUUGAAGUUCGCAAUGAGCUGACGUUCCUUGAUCUUACUGUUCAGCAAAUUGAGUAUUUAAAUAAAACUUAUAACACCAACGUCCCACUUGUUCUGAUGAACUCCUUCAACACUGACAGAGAUACUCAAAAAAUCAUAAGAAAGUACAAAGGUUUAAAUGUUGAAAUUGUCACUUUCAAUCAAAGCUGCUAUCCACGUAUCAAUAGGGAUUCAUUACUUCCCAUUGCCACACAUUGCAACGUAGACGAAGCUAUUGAUGCGUGGUACCCACCAGGUCACGGUGACUUUUAUGAGAGCUUUCAGAAUUCUGGCUUACUGAAGAGGUUCCUGAACGAGGGUCGUGAAUAUUGUUUCAUCUCUAACAUUGACAACCUGGGAGCCACUGUUGAUCUCAAUAUAUUAAAUCUUUUAAUGCAUCCAGACAACAACCAAUGCCCAGAAUUUGUCAUGGAGGUCACUGAUAAAACUAGGGCUGAUGUUAAGGGAGGUACUCUUAUCCAAUACGACAACAAACUUCGACUUUUGGAAAUUGCACAAGUCCCCAAGGAACACGUUGAUGAAUUCAAAUCCGUCAAAAAAUUCAAGUUCUUUAAUACCAAUAAUCUCUGGAUUAAAUUAAGCGCAAUUCAAAGAGUAUUGGAUGAGAAAUCAUUGAAUCUGGAAAUCAUAGUGAACAACAAAGUCCUUGAAAGUGGUAUAAAUGCUAUUCAGUUGGAAACAGCUGUGGGAGCAGCAAUGAAAUCUUUCGAUGGUGGACUAGGUAUCAAUGUGCCACGUAGUAGAUUCUUACCAGUAAAGAAAACUUCAGAUCUGAUGCUGGUCACCAGCAAUCUUUACAACCUGAAGAAUGGCUCCCUGGUGAUGAGUCCACAGCGCAUGUUCCCCACAACACCAUUGAUAAAACUUGGUGAUAAUCAUUUCUCAAAAGUGAAAGACUUCCUUAGUAGAUUCGCAACCAUUCCGGAUCUUCUUGAACUAGACCACUUGACAGUCUCAGGCGAUGUCACCUUUGGUAGGGGAGUCUCUCUCAAAGGAACAGUCAUCAUCAUUGCUAAUCACGGUCAUCGUAUCGACCUUCCUUCUGGCACCAUUUUAGAAAACAAAAUAGUCUCUGGCAAUCUUCGUAUUCUCGACCACUAAGAAUCGAACCUCAGUUCUUGUUUCAUUUCCUCUUCGCGAGUGGACCUCAGAAGAGCCCAUACAAUUGUAUAAAAAGAAAAAAGAAAAAACCGAUACUGGCUUGUCGCAACUGUACAUUAGGAGUCACUAGAAUUAUUGUUAGCAAUAUGUUUAAUUGUACAUUAUUAUACUGAUAAAUUGUAUCAUAUUUGACAUGUAAUGUGGAGAAAAUCGCUGUUAAAAAGAAACAGCAAACACCUCAAACAGUUCUUGGCUAUCUUCAUCGUUUUGUUCUUGUUAAUAAAUAAUGUUUUCCUACUUCAAA